CGUCGGCGGCCAAAUUAAAAUUAGGGUUUAGAACAGAUUCUCCGACCCUAAUCUCAAAGAUACAGUAAGUUUUGAACGGUUUUGCAAAACAUGUUCUGUCUUAGCGAGCUGGAAGAUACAGUAAGAGUGCCACCGUCUGACCUUAACCUCCCCCUCGAAGUUGCCAUUAAGAAAGCGCUUCAAAAGCUCUUCUUGGACAAGGUUUUGAGUAUUGGCCUUUGCGUAUCAAUCUACGGUAUUAAAUCAAUCGAAGGAGGGUUUGUUUUACCCGGUGAUGGUGCUGCCACCUAUAAGGUACGUUUUAGAAUUGUAGUGUUUCGUCCAUUUGUUGGUGAGGUCAUAGCUGCAAAGUUCAAAGAAUCUGAUUCCAAUGGCUUGCGCUUAACACUUGGAUUCUUUGAAGAUGUUUAUGUGCCUGCUCCACUUAUCCCUACACCUAACCGCUGUGAGCCUGACCCUUACAAUAGGAAUCAAAUGAGAUGGGUGUGGAAAUACGGAGAUGACGAGUUUAUCAUCGACGAUUCUUGUCAGAUCAAGUUUCGAGUUGAGAACAUCAGCUAUCCACCUGUUCCAACUGAGCGGGCAGAGGACGCUAAGCCUUUUGCUCCUAUGGUGGUCACUGGGACUAUAGAUGAUGAUGGUUUGGGCCCUGUUUCUUGGUGGGAGGCUUGUGCCCCGAUUAGUGAUGAUGAAGAUUGAGAGACUUGAGCAAAACUUCUAUCUCCAAAUUGAAGACUUUAGAAUUGUUUUAGUUGGGAAAGCCUAAGCCUUUUGUAGCAAUGAUGCAGAUUAGAAAAAAAAAGGAUAAUAAAAAGAAAGUUUGAUUGAAUGUACAAAGGUUAAUUAAGACCAUUCUUUCA